CUGUGGGGCGUGUACUGUUGACGAGCUCUCGACACAUGAAUGGGGAAAAGAGAGACCAAAAACACAAUUUUAUUGCGACCGUACUAAAGACUAAAGUCCGGAACUAUGGAGUAAAAUCAGGAAUCUGAUUCUUCGUCAAAUGCGAUUCUAGGGUUCCUUCGUUUUUUACUCUCUAUCAUUUAAUAUUUUAGCUGUAUUCCUUUCAGAUUUUGUGAAAGCAUUUGAUCAAUCCAAAAGGUUAUUAGCUGUGCUUUAGCUGAGACCAUCUCAAAACAAACGAAAAUGUCAAGGCCUCAGGUCACUAUCACAUUGGGCCGCUCUGGUCAAAAGGUGGUGAAGCGAUCGUCAGCUUCUCAGGGAGCUGGUUUUGGUCAACAAAGAUUGUCAGGAGGCAAAAGAUCACUAGGAGAGACCUAUAAGACUGACUCUGAGGAUCCUCCUCUAUCGCUUCGCAAACGUGUGCGGGGGUAUGGAGGUGCAGGGGAUUCCGGAUAUGGUGGCCCUAAUGAUGUAAGGGUGGGGCAAAAUGACCUCCGACUGAAACUAAUACGCAGAAGAAGGCAAAAGGAAAUUAUUCUGGAGAUUGAAAAAAGAAAAAAAGAGCAGCAUAAGAUGAUGGCAGAAACUGUUCGAUCGGCAGAACAGUCUCAUAGGAAGCUUGUCAGUGUCGGCCAACGAUCAUCUGGAACUAGUGAGUUGCAUCAGAUGGAGGCAAUGAGAUCCUCCUAUGCAUCACAGCCUUAUGGUGGUGUAAGACCAAGAUCUCCAAAUAGACUUGCAAAAGAUUCUAGAGAGGUCUCAUUACCAAGCAAUAUCACUACAGCUCAGCAUGUACUACCAGUAAGGCCAGCUGAAACUUCAAGAGCAGUUCGUAUGUUGAGAGCUGACCUCUUGAACCCUUCCGCAUUAAAAGGUCUUACCCCUAUGACCAUGAGGUCCACACUAGCUGCCGGGAAUUCGAUGCCAGGUCUUUCUUCUGCAAAUGAUCAACGCCCCGUGACCGUGGUCAGUCUAUUAAAUUCCCUUGGUUUGGGAAAGUAUGCUAUCCACUUUCAAGCUGAGGAGAUAGACAUGGCUGCAUUGAAGCAAAUGGGGGACCGUGACCUGAAGGAGUUGGGGAUACCUAUGGGACCGAGGAAGAAGAUUCUCCUAGCUAUGCUUCCCCAAAAUAAAAGAGCAAUGACGCAGGUGGUAGGAAGGUAGUUAUGUUUGUUGAAUGCAGUGCUUGGAAUUGUUUUGUAGCUGAAGGUUUUGAACUGGUUGUUCCUGGGAAAUGUAUAUAAAGGACAGUGUUAAAAUGCCGGAGUAUUGGAAGAAUAUUGUGUAUAGCAUUAAAAUUCUCUUUGUUUUUGGCGGAAGAGGGCGGCGUAAAACAGCUACAUCAUUUUCUUUGUUUGAUGUUUAUUUUAGAGAAAAUUUUUCAAGAGGAGAAUAUUUUCUUAAACUGUGCGCCUUAUCAAAGAUGGCCAUAUAAACUGAAAUGGAGGAAGUGCUAUCUA